GGCGCUCUUUCUGUGUUAGCAUUUAGCCGAGCAGCUCCCGACGGUUCCACCGGAUCUCCGACAGUCUCACCGAACUAAAAGCUCCGACGACGAUGGCUGCUGCCGGGGCGCAGGGCAGGAAGAGGAUCCUGAAGGAGGAGGACAUGACCAAGGUGGAGUUCGAGACUAGCGAGGAGGUGGACGUCACCCCCACGUUCGACACUAUGGGGCUCCGGGAGGACCUGCUCCGCGGCAUUUACGCCUACGGGUUUGAGAAGCCGUCAGCGAUCCAGCAGAGAGCCAUCAAACAGAUCAUCAAAGGCAGAGAUGUGAUCGCUCAGUCUCAGUCUGGAACAGGAAAGACGGCCACGUUCUGCGUGUCGGUUCUGCAGUGUUUGGACAUCCAGGUGAGGGAGACCCAGGCCCUUAUCCUCGCUCCAACCAGAGAGCUGGCAGGACAGAUCCAAAAGGUGUUGCUGGCUCUGGGAGAUUACAUGAACGUCCAGUGUCACGCCUGCAUCGGAGGAACCAACGUGGGAGAAGACAUCCGGAAGCUGGACUACGGUCAGCACGUGGUCGCCGGGACGCCGGGACGUGUGUUCGAUAUGAUUCGCCGCCGGAGCCUGAGGACCAGAGCCAUCAAGAUGCUGGUUCUGGACGAAGCCGAUGAGAUGCUCAACAAGGGUUUCAAGGAGCAGAUCUACGACGUGUACCGCUACCUGCCCCCGGCCACCCAGGUGGUUCUGAUCAGCGCCACGCUGCCCCACGAGAUCCUCGAGAUGACCAACAAGUUUAUGACCGACCCCAUCCGCAUCCUGGUCAAACGUGAUGAGCUGACUCUGGAGGGCAUCAAGCAGUUCUUCGUGGCCGUGGAGAGAGAGGAGUGGAAGUUCGACACUCUGUGUGAUCUGUACGACACUCUGACCAUCACCCAGGCCGUGAUCUUCUGCAAUACCAAGAGGAAGGUGGACUGGCUGACAGAGAAGAUGAGGGAGGCCAACUUCACCGUGUCCUCCAUGCAUGGAGACAUGCCUCAGAAGGAAAGGGAGUCCAUCAUGAAGGAGUUCAGAUCAGGAGCCAGUCGGGUUCUGAUCUCCACGGAUGUUUGGGCUCGAGGUUUAGACGUUCCUCAGGUUUCCCUCAUCAUCAACUAUGACCUGCCCAACAACAGAGAGCUGUACAUCCACAGGAUCGGUCGAUCCGGUCGCUACGGCCGUAAAGGCGUGGCCAUCAACUUCGUGAAGAACGACGACAUCCGGAUCCUGCGGGACAUCGAGCAGUACUACUCCACCCAGAUCGACGAGAUGCCCAUGAACGUGGCCGAUCUGAUCUAACCUAGUGACAUCACAGUGAAGCCCCGCCCCUUUACCACCUGCUAUUUCUGUUUUUUAAUACUUUGAGCUUUGUUUUUAAUUUGACCAUUGGUGAUGUCUGUUUUUGUAAAUAAAGUUUUGGUUCCA